CGGCAAAGGCUAAAGGACCUGCAGUGCCUGUUGUUGACAAGCCUGAAUCGAGUACGCGAAGGAUGACAUCUGCACUGGCUACUUCAGUUGGCGGGGGAAAGGAGCCCACCCUUGGAACCGACGCAAGCUUGUUCCAGGCGAAGAGUGAGGCGGAUCAUGUUGCGCUGCGAAAGAAAAACAAGGUUUGGCUCUGGUGUGAGCAGGGACAGGAGGUAGCCACAUCGAAAGGGAGGGGGGAGUACUGGGUCAGGUGCAGGUUGUGCUCGACAAUCUGGAGGGUGUCGGCAAGCAAGGCUGCCGAGCAUUUCUUGAAGCCGAUGAGGCCGUGUGCACUGCGGACAGGCGAGAUAGUCCACACUUUGGUUGCUGGUGGUGCRAAAGUGCAGCCUAACGACAAGAACRCGAAGUACUUGUUGAGGAAUUACAAGGGAGGCGAGGCCGAAUCRGAUGUGCAUCGUGGUGAUGCAUCACAUGGAGAGGAAGGUUUGGAAGAUCCGCAAACAGACGAGCCCCAGCCACCGCCUGUUGCAGGGCGGGCAGUUGCUGGCAUUGCAAACAUGCUCGCUGAUGCACUUGAUGAGGCUGUCGACGCUAGAGGUGCAGCGGAGAGCGGAGGCGGUGAGGAAGGGCAAGGGUCAACAGCACGAACGAUUACCUUGAGACAGACCACUGUGCGACGUUGGGUGGACAAUGCGGCGCAGAAAAAGUUGGACAUUGCGUGGGUGGAGGCCAUGUUCAGGGCUGGCAUUGCUUUCAAUUUCUUGAACAUGGACACGACUCAAACGUUGCAUGCCGUUUACCUGGAGGUAGCGAACGCGAGGCCGAAGGUGACGCUACCAUCAUACAACUACAUGAGGACAAUCAUGCUGGACAUCAUUUACUUGAAGAUCCAAAAGGAGGUGAACCCGAUGACGAGGUGUUGGGACUCGACUGGAUGCACGUUCAUCGCUGACGGGUCAACUGACCGCAAGAAUCGGCCAGUGAUGAACUUCUUGGCGGCGGGGGAACAAGGGGCGGUGCUCGUGACGACGGUGACAAUGAGUGGCAGGAAGAAGAAUGCAGUGGCGUUGGCGAAGUUAUGGGAGCAGGUAAUGAGGGAGAUUGGACUGCAAYGCAUCAAMGCGAUCUGCACCGACAACGCCGAAGUUAACAAGAAGGCGGYGCARAUCCUAGAACGGCGCAAGGACAAGGACGUGGCGAGAAUUCCGUGGGUYCCUUGCGGGGCACACUGCUGCAGUCUCSUUCUCAAGGAUUUGGCCAACCUGUCGUGGAUCAAGGGCACAGUGAAAACYGCGAACACAAUCGUCAAGUUCAUCCGGAAUCAUCACGCCACACACGACUUGAUGAUGAYCGUCGAUGACUCGUUGUCCUUACUUCGUCCGACAGAAGUGCGGUUCGGAUCUGUGUACCAGAUGCUUCAACGACUAGCAGACAGAGAGGAUGUUCUUGUCACGAUGGUGGAUGGGAGGGCGGCGUCAAAGUGGAGAGCAUUGAGAUGGUCAGGGGAGAAGUUGCGCAGGAGAGUCGACCUCGUGUACUACACACUGAGGUCGGAGGCAUGGUGGCCGCAGGUGAGGAAGAUUGUGGACAUCAUGCACCCUAUCUUCCAGUUGCUGAAGAGAAUGGACGCAGAAGGCACGCCUCCCACCAAUCUUGUUGAGUACGAUGAUAUGAUUCGGYGGAAAUUGACGAACGUGGUGCUGACGCAGAAGCAGCGGGAGGAUGUCAUGGAAAAGGUUAUGGGGAUGUGGAGCAAUGCGACCCCCGCUGAGCACAACUGGGCCCUCAUGGACUUUGUCCACACGAAGAGACGAAACAGUUUGUCCCCAGCAUCCCUCGAGAAGCUCGUGUACAUACACUGGAACAUGCAGUUGCUGCGAGCUCGACACCACAAGGACAGCGGGUUCCUUGAUGUCUGGGGUUCAUUCUUCGAGCCAAUCAUGGAGCCAGAACAGAAUGACGGGUCGACGCUGGCGACUGGCACUCAGGAUGCUGCUGAAAAAGUGGAUGAGGAGAUGAGGCAAAGAAACAUGGCGAAGGCUCCAAAAAACAGGAUCCCCCCAAACCUGCUCGAUUCCGACACUAGUGACAGCAGUGACCUCGAGGAUAUGGUGUGGAAGGGGAAGUGCUGGAAUGAGUCAUCAUCGGAGGACUGCAGUGAGGAUGAGGACUCCGAUUUCGAGCUCGGUGUGGUGCAUGCAGUCCCGGCGACCACGUAUGUCGGCAGGCGAACCAGGCCACAGGACAGGGAGCUCGAGCUUGAGCCUACGCCGGUCGUCGAGAGAGUGGACACGGACGUAGAGUUUUUGCUGCACCGCCACGAUGACCCGGACGAGGAAGAGGCCACCCGUGCGAAGGAGAUGGCGGACAAGGAUCAUGAACUUGUGGAGAGAGCCUUUCCACAUUGUUCUGAUCUUGUGGAUGGCCAUAUUGUGUCUGUUGAGUACAAUAUCAUCUCCGAUGAUAGCCUUCGCAAACUUUUUCAAGAAGGCUCGAAGUAUCGGCUGAAUGGGGAAACUGCUGAUGUGCUCCAGGCACUGGCAAAUGGACAGACGAGUACAUUGCCAAUUACAAAAGUUUUCACUGCUGCAAUGUUCACUGUUGCGGUUUCCAAUGCUGCAGUGUCCACUUCUGCAGUGUUCACUGUUGCGGUUUCCACAGCUGUAGUGUCCACUGCUGCAGUCUCCAUUGCUCCAGUUUCCACUGCUUCAGUUUCCGCUGCUGCAGUUUCUACUGUGGUGGAAGAGGAGGAAGAGGUAGAAGAAACGCCACUGGAGAGGAGAAGAAGGGGGCAAGGAGGUGAAUCCAGUGGUACAAAGGAGGAUCAAAUGGAGAAGAAGAUUACGGAGUGGGUUGCCGGUUUGUCCCUGGGAGAAGAAGAGGAGGCCCUAAUGUAUGUGCCCAGGGAAGAACAAGAGGCCGCCAUGAAAAUGUGGGAUGCAGAAAAAGACCCACUCAAGCGGCAAGCUAUAGAAGAUGAGAAUAGGAUGGAAAUAAUGGAGGAAAAGAGGAAAAGAAGAAUGGAGGCAGCGAGCCAGGCGGUGAAAGAAUUGGAGGAGGUGAAAAAGCAAAGAGAGCAGAUGGCGACGCAGGUGGACCUAUUGGGGAAGAUGGAAAUAAUGGCGAGGAACAUAGAGCGCCUGGCACAAGUCCGGGAAGAACAAUAUCUAUUUGGUAGAGGUCAAGACAUUGCCUCACGCUCUAUACGGCUGGGGCUCAGGGACUUCGCCAGGGAAUUGGCGACGCAGGUGGGCUCAAAGGUCUCCCCGGACGAGCAUGUCCUGAUAGCUAUCCAUGCCCUUCGCGACGAAGCAGCAAGCUUCGCCCGUUCCUUGUGCCGCGCUGCUAACUGUAAUGAUGAUCUAGUCGCCUAUUCUGCGUUCACUCCCCUCACUGACUUCCUUAAGUUAUUGCGCGAACGAUUCGCAGAUGUCUCGCGCAGUGUCAAAGUCUUCGAUAGAUUGCAAACCAUCCACUGUCGUCAGUGGAAGAGUGCCAGAGCACUGAAGGGCGUGAUGGAUGAGUUAGUCGCCGUUCUGGACCAUGGGGUCAUAGAGACCCAAUUGGUCAACCUCUUCUAUCGGGCUAUGCCCGAACAAUUACGAGGGCACUUCUUCGAGAAGAGCCAACAGCCAACCAUGACCUACGACGCAUUGAGCAGGGAAGUGGUGGCAUUCGAGGCGAGGUCCAUGUCAAUUUUCACUUUUUGGCAUAAGGACCUGGAUAAGGGUAAAAAGUGGAAGGGUCGCACCAUCUCGGGUCAAGUCAAGACCAAGGAUCGUUUGAUCCUUACGUUAGAUGAGGGUGGUGUCGACGAGGUCCCCUACGAGCAGAUUAAGUGGGGACUGGAGGAGGAGGACAGUGGCGUUGGCCAGGGGAGGACUUACGCUGCUGCCGCGGUUGGAGGCCGCAAGGAGGAGGUAGAGGCCAAGGCCAAGGGGGUCGGGUUUGUAGUAGUCUACUUAGAUGAUAUUCUAGUGUUCAGUAGGACCCUCCAGGAGCAUGAGGGUUAUCUAAGGCAGGUCUUGGAGAAGCUUAGAGAGGAUAACUUCAAGAUCAACGCAAAGAAGUGUGAAUGGGCAAAGACCCAAGUUCUGUAUUUAGGCCAUGUCUUAGACGGAGACGACAUCAAACCAGAAGAUAGUAAGAUUGCAGCGAUCAGAGAUUGGCCUACACCCCGCACGUUGACAGAGUUGCAGUCGUUCGUAGGCCUAGCUAACUACUACAGGAAGUUUGUUAGGAACUUCUCCACCAUCGCUGCUCCCCUUCGCAGGUUGCUGAAGAAAGAAGCGAUCUGGAAGUGGGACAAGGACUGCACGUGUGCCAUGAAGAAAUUAAACCAGGCGUUGAUAGAGUACCGUGUCCUCAAAGUAGCCGAUUCGUCCUUACCUUUCGUCGUCACUACUGACGCGAGCCAGUACUGUAUAGGUGUUGUGUUACAGCUAGACGAUGGCAAUGGGUAUAGGCCCGUAGAGUUCAUGUCCGCUAGGAUGCCUUCAGAGAAGGUAGCGACAUCUACCUACGAGAGGGAACUCUACGCUCUCAGGCAAGCAUUAGAGCACUGGAAGCACUACUUGCUUGGGAGGCACUUCAAAGUUUAUUCAGACCACGAGACAUUAAGGUGGUUGAAGACUCGGCCAAGAUGACACCUAAGCUGACUAGGUGGGCCGCAAAGCUAGACCAAUAUGAUUUUGAGCUCAGGCUCGUCAAAGGGAAGUAUAAUGUAGUUGCGGACGCUCUAAGUAGGAGAGCUGAUACUUUCCAGCGAUAGUUCAUUAUCUGGAUAUAGGGAGAGACCUGCAACAGAAAGUUAGAGAGGCGUAUGCGCAGGACCCUAUCUAUAGUGACCUCCUUAAGAGAGUAAAGGAGGCCCCAGAGU